CGGAACCGAACCGUCRGGGCUGGGCGGCCUCCCUACUCUCCCUGCUUCGUCCAGGACCCCCUCCUCUAUCCAAGGCAGGCUGCAGGGGGACCGGGUGCAGACACAAGCAGGCUCCUGGUCCUCAGUCCUAGACGCUCGGAGYUACGUGCUCGCGGCAUCGCCCUCCACAAACCCAGCGCGUCCUGGGCGGGCGGCCGUGGCGCACCGCUGCGUCCCCAGCACCUUGCCAGGCGGAUAGCAGGUGCCCCUGACGGCUUACAGAGGAAGCUCCACCCACCUCAAGCCAAGAUGUCCAGCAAGCGGGCCAAGGCCAAGACCACCAAGAAGAGGCCACAGCGGGCCACGUCCAAUGUUUUCGCAAUGUUUGACCAGUCCCAGAUCCAAGAGUUUAAGGAGGCCUUCAACAUGAUCGACCAGAACCGCGACGGCUUCAUCGACAAGGAGGACCUGCAUGACAUGCUGGCCUCCCUAGGGAAGAACCCCACGGAUGAGUACCUGGAGGGCAUGAUGAGCGAGGCCCCGGGGCCCAUCAACUUCACCAUGUUCCUCACCAUGUUCGGGGAGAAGCUGAACGGCACCGACCCCGAGGACGUGAUCCGCAACGCCUUCGCCUGCUUCGACGAGGAGGCCUCAGGCUCCAUCCAUGAGGACCACCUCCGGGAGCUGCUCACCACCAUGGGAGACCGCUUCACCGACGAGGAAGUGGACGAGAUGUACCGCGAGGCGCCCAUCGACAAGAAGGGCAACUUCAACUACGUGGAGUUCACCCGCAUCCUCAAGCACGGGGCCAAGGACAAGGACGACUAGGCCCUUGGCCGGCCCUCCCUCCGCCCCACGCACACGCACCACCGGGCCGCCCAGGGGUGGGGUCCAGCCCCAAGAGACACAGGCCGAAGACCCCUGAAGGACCCCUGCAGGACCGUGGUCCAGGGAGACGGAAGGCCUCGGGGAGCGAGGGCGCCUGUCCCUAGGCUGCCCCGGGGAUGCGGCCCUGGUCCUGGUGUCAACAGCACUUCAUGAGCACCCACACACGCGCCAGCUCCCUACGUCCCCAAGAGGACAGCACCAGACCCCCGCCCCUGCCCGUCCACUCUCCUGGGAGUGCUCAGGACACCUGGACACCCCUGUCCCAGGGAGGCAGAGUCUCCAAUAGAAGGCUGAGCACUACUCAGGGUCUGUGACUGUGCUUUUGGUAAAAUCAGGGUCCUGGGGCCCCAAAUCCUCCUUCUCCUCGCCUCCCCCAACCCACCUCCACUCCCCGGCUGCCCUGCUCC